AUGGAGGCAAAGGGUGAACGGCGGCGGGCACCGCCCAGUGCGCUGCGUGAAUACUUUGCCAGUCUAGGCGAGCCCCAGGCUGCGGUUCUGGAUCAGCUCGAGGCUGUCCAGCGCUCCUUCCCACAGCCCGAGUGGUCAAGCAUGACUGAAAAUCAGCGAGAUCGCGCCCUCUCAAAACCCUUUCUCCUCUCCGACCUCACCAUUCUCGUCUACAAUGAAGCUGACUUUGGCCGUGUCGUGCACGAACUGCGCAGUAAUGCCAUUGCCAAGCAGCACCACCUGCGAUGGCAACAAGAUAUCGAGGCCCGCAAGCUUGCCGUCAAACAAGCACAAAAGCGCAGCUGGUUCCGUCCGGCUGCUCGUCGAUCCAGUGCUGCAUCCCCACGCCCCAGCUUUGCGCCGCAACCAACCAGCACCGCCCAAGCAGAGGUCCCUGUCCCCCCAGCUGACAACUCCGACCACGCAGACUUGACCCAGAUGGCACAGCAGUCAGAGGAGUAUGUAGAAGUGAUUGGCCAUGGGCCCAGCCCCGCAAACCCCAACCUCGAGGAGGAUUCAGAAGAUGAGCCAAGCGAUGUCAUGGCCACUAGCGCAUACAACUCGGCAGACGGCAGUUACGCCGCUGCUGCCCUGGAAGUUUUGGCACGUCGCCGUGCGCGCGCGUGCGAUUCCGUUGCCUCGAUUGGUCCCCCGGUGGCAGCUACUGCUGCCGCAGCUGCCACUGCCCAGGACGACUAUGACUCGGAUGCCUUGCCCAGUGACUCGGAAGACCCAGCCGAACCAGCUCGAAACCCACAUAAAACAGAGCGGGGACGGCGUAUGACCGCCUUUAUCCGACCCAAAGCUCCCCCAGUACUCCCACGCACCAAGCCGGUCGCCUCCGUCACUACCCCGCCCAUCGAGGCUGCCUCCCCAACACCCCAUUCACCCUCUUCUGCCAAAAAAGUGCCCCGCCGACGCAAAGCACCCGUCCCUCCACCCCAGCAAUCCAAAGAUGUAGAUGUCAAGCACAGCUCCGCAGUGGCCGCUUGGGCAGCAGACCCAGAUUUGCCCUUGCCUCCACCACCAGCCGAGCUCCUUCUUCUGAGCGACUCGCUUGGCUCGGACACAAUCAAUGCCGAACCUUUGCCGCCUCCGCCUCCCGCGCUUGACUUGAUGUCCGGAAAAGCAGCUCUGCAAUCCAGCCUGAUCGAGCCCUCGGGACCUAUCACUCACCGCGAGGGUCAACGCAUGACGACUCGCUUCUCUGCCGGGGACCUCUUGGGUCAGAGCACCGACAACUCCAGCCCCGACAACAAUCCCGCAUCGGCGAAACAGAGUAAGCGGUCAUCCGGAAUUCAUGUGGCCCAUCUCUGA